AUGACACCUUGUAAAUCCACUUUUAUUAAGCUCAAAGAGUUGCAAUAUCUAGCUCGGAUAUACGGUACUUCACCUUUAAGUUUGCAGAAUGUUGUCCUAUUUAUGAUUACGGUUGGAGGUGGUCUUUGUCUGACGUUUUUGUCUGUCCGAUUUGUCAAGGCUACACUGGGGGUAUUUGGAUUUAUUACUGUGUAUUUUUUGAGCUUAUAUUCUUGGUUGAAUAUACAGCCUGAGAUAUUAUCAUCUUUUCAUAUCAGUGCAUUGAUUAUUAUUUCUGCGUUUCUUUGUUUUCUUGGAGCUUUAUUUUACGUGUUAUGUCCAACAAUAUCAAAGAUUCUAUCUGGGGCAACUGGAGGCAUUGCACUUACUGCUUUUAUAUGCGGUCUUAAUAGCGAUCACGUUAUACCUCAGGUAUACAUCACUGGUUUACACAUUGCUCGAGCGAUUGUCUCUGCCUCAUUAUUCAUCCUGUUUGCAGGGAUAACAAUCAUUUACGAGAAAAUAGGUCUUAUAUUGUCAUCUACAAUCACCGGAAGUUAUCUUGUAGUUAGUGGUAUAGAUAUCGCUGUUCGUACUGGAUACCUGGCUUCCCCAAAGUUCUUCUUGCAUCCUGAUCCUUUUACAGACAAAGAUUAUAUAAUAACAUCUGAUGUCGCAAUUAUGAUUGUUAUUACAAUUGUUAUUGUAUUAAUUGUAUUUUUAGUAUCCAUAUAUUCAAUACUCCCACCUGUAACAGACGCUAAUAACAAGCCGAAUGAAAGUACACAAUAUUCUUCUAACAAUGAAGCCAUUUCUAACGAAGAAACAGAAUCGAAGUCAUAUCAGGAAUCAAGCUACCAAGAAUACCCAGAUGACAUAAGUGACUAUCAUAAAAGACAACGACCCUCCCAUUUUUUUGAUGAAGAAGGGAACGAGAGUGUGUAUCCAUACCUUUCAUACAAAAACCUUCAAACUGUACCAAUGUCUACUGUUAGCUGGGCGAGUGAAGAAAUUCCUGACCACAAAAUCAGAGCUAGUAAAAAUACUCUUUCCAAUUCAACAACAAGCUCCGGUCAUAAUUCUAUAGAAAUUUUUAAGUCCAGUAGCUCACCGUCUUCAGAAACCCGAGUUAAUCCUAGACCAGAGCGAAAGCUUACUACGCUACCCCAAACUUCUUCAAGCGAUGAAGAAUCCCAAAUUAUCGAGGUGGCAACAAUAUGGGAUACUAUCUCACUUUCUGACCCACCUCCUUCCCCACCGAAACCUCAACCUAAACCAUAUUCAUUAUACCAGUUUGAAUUUGAGGGGGAAAGAAAAAAAUGGGGCGGGUAUUGGUUUUGA